AUGGGCUCUCCUGCCCCGCCUGCCCAGGUUGCUACAUGCUGGGGUAGCAGCGGCCAUGCCUAUAUAAGAGCCCUGAGUAGCUGGCCCAGCCAUUUCAGGGUGAUUAGCUGGGCUUGGUGUGCCAUGGAGGCAGAGGAGGCAGCAGCUGUGGCAGCGAAGGCAGCACUGCGCACACCCAAGUGCUCCCGCUGCCGCAACCAUGGCUUCGUGGUGCCGGUGAAGGGCCAUGCCGGGCACUGCCGCUGGAAGCUCUGCCUGUGCGACAAGUGUUCCCUCAUCACCGAGCGCCAGAAGAUCAUGGCGGCCCAGAAGGCCCUGAGGCAGCAGGUACCCGAUCCCCCUGUUGGGCCAGCCGCUGGGCCCGUUCCUCCGAGCGCCGGCUCCGGAGCGGCCAGUGCUCCUGAGCAGAGCAGCCAUGAGGGCGUGAAGAACGCCCACCCCACGGGUAGCAACAGCAAGGGCACUGCAGGCAGGGGACCACUGCCACCAGCUCCCAGCGGCCCUCCCUUCUGGGACUACGCUCACCCAGCUUUUCCUCCAGAAUACCUGGAGAGAGAGCCUCCAAAAAUGUACCCUGGGUGUUCUGGGGUGUAUCCUUACCAUCCAUUUCCCAUGGGAUUUGCAAUCAGUGAGUCAAGCUGUAGAGGAGCAUCAUCACCUCCAGCGAUAGCACUUCAGAGAGGUUUCCGACACAUUCCUAACAACUACAGGCCAGGGAAUGCAGCUUCUGUGUCAAUUCCAGAUGGAGGUGGAGAUUUACACCAAGGAUACUACGCUCCUCUGCCUCAGUUCAUCCCACCAAGUCUUCUCCCAGGGAUUCAUUACAUUCCACCUCCCCUUUCACUGAACGUGUUGGCUGAAACAACCAAGGAAGCACAGGCUACUGAAGCUGACAGUCAGGAUUCAGGGGCGGUUCGUGAAACUGGCCAAGCAUCUUCUUCCCCAGAAGAAACAAGGAAAGAUGAAGAAUGUAGAAUGUAUUCUAAAUAA